AUGGACAUCCACGGAUCUGCUGCACGCUUCCGCCACCGGAAAUCCUCUCCUUCCUCCGACCGAUUCCUCGACGCCUUCUUCUCGCCGCCGCUCCACCGCGACAAGGACAGCGUCCUCUCCGCCGCCGCCGCCGAGGACAGCGAGCUCAACGAGGACGAUAUCUUCUCCACGGGAGACUUCUCCUCCGAUUCCGCUCGGAGCCAGCACCAACAGAGGCACAACCACCUCCGCAGCGCUCCCCCGCCGCGCCACAAGGCCUUCCCCGAUUCGUUCGGAAUCCUCGCGGCGUUGCCGGAGAACAGAACCGGCGGCGGCAGCGGCGUAGCCGCGCCGCAUCACCACCAUCACUUGUACCAGAAAACCGCUCUCUCCUCGCCUCCUUCCACCUCCUCCACCGCGUCUCCGUUGUCGAAUUCGUCGUCCUCUCGCCUCAUCCCCUGCAUCCCCAAGCCGCCGCAGGAUAGGUUACCGUCGUCGUCCUCGUUCUCCUCCUCCUUCUCCAAGCACCAGCACCCGCAGUCGGCGCCGAUCAAUGUCCCCGUCCUCGCGUCCGCGAUGGCCAGGAGGCGGAUCAGGGACUUCGAUGAGAUUGACGAGCUGGAGGACGAGGAUGAAGGCGACGGGGGCGAGAUGCUUCCCCCGCACGAGAUCGUGGCCAGGACGCAGUCCCCGAUUCUGUCCUGCCCCGUGCUGGAAGGCGCCGGGAGGACGCUUAAGGGAAGGGAUCUUAGACAGGUAAGGAAUGCAAUCUGGCGGCAAACUGGCUUUCUAGAUUGA